AUGAGUUGCUUGGCGCCAAAAACGGACCAUGUCCCCGGAGACACCGGUGCUGCGUCUGUGGAUCACGACGACGACGACCAUUCGGUUCGACUGGCCGACGAUGACCAUUCGGUCGCUUGCCGGAUGACCACCGCUACAGCCGUCCCAGUCGUCAUCGUCGUCGUCAUGACAGACAGACGGAACAAGUGCAAACAGGACGAACAUGAAUCGACAGCACGCGUCGUUGCUCAGACAAAUUUGUCUAUUGGUCGCUGCAGCGGCGAAUUAAUCGGUCGCCAGUGUCCGGUGCCACGUGUCCGUAAGAAACCGUCCGUUAGUCACACAUUACAGCGACGACUAGCGCUUACUCAUAAGUAA